CAUGCGCUGUGACAUUUGUUCAACGGAAGAAAGACAUCGAUAAACCGUAAAAAAAGAUAUCGCUUCCGCCUUCACCGACCGCCGUACUGGUUCGACUUCUCCCUUAAGGCUGCGAAAUUAGGAUCUAUUGUAUUACCUUUUCUAUGUCAACACUCAACGGCAUUUAAAUGGAUUACUCCGCGACACACAGUGGGUUCAGACAGCAGCCGGCCAUGCGUCUGAGGAGCCUCCCAGCUGACGCUCCGGACCCCAGUCCGCUGUUUGAGGACACCAGCAGAGUGAGACCAGGAGCUCAGCCUGGGGGCUACAGCGCCCAGCCGGCUGUGCCUCCAGCAGGGGCCUAUCCUGGGCAGACCAUCCUAUCAGAUCCCAUGUCAAACCUGGCCAUGGCCUACGGCAGCUCCCUGGCCUCCCAGGGCAAGGAGAUGGUGGACAAGAACCUUGACCGAUUCAUCCCCAUCUCCAAGCUGAAGUACUACUUUGCAGUGGACACGGUGUAUGUGGGGAAGAAGCUGGGCCUGCUGGUGUUUCCGUAUUUGCAUGAGAACUGGGAGGUGAGCUACCAGCAGGACACUCCUGUGGCGCCACGCUUCGACGUCAACGCCCCCGACCUCUACAUCCCGUUCAUGGGCUUCAUCACGUACGUCCUGGUCGCUGGCCUGGCUCUAGGAACGCAGAACAGGUUUUCGCCAGAGCUGCUGGGAGUUCAGGCCAGUUCAGCCUUUGUGUGGCUGAUCAUGGAGGUGCUGGCUGUGCUGCUGUCUCUGUAUCUGGUCACAGUUAACACUGACCUCACCACCGUAGACCUACUGGCGUUCUCUGGCUACAAAUAUGUUGGUAUGAUCGUCGGAGUGAUCGGAGGCCUUCUCUUUGGACGGGUCGGAUACCACCUCUCCCUGCUGUGGUGCUGUGCAGCCAUCGUGGUCUUUAUGAUCCGCACGCUGCGUCUGAAGCUGCUGUCUGAGGCGGCCGCAGAAGGACGGCUGGUGAGGGGAGCCAGGAAUCAGCUGAGGAUGUACUUGACCAUGUCUAUAGCUGCAGCACAGCCCCUCUUCAUGUACUGGCUCACCUAUCACCUCGUCAGAUAAGCUCUGGCCCUGAGAGUGACAAUGUGACGAUUAAAUCGACUACGCGGAACACAAAAAAAAACCUACAACAUCUAUUCUUGGAACUCACACAAACAAAGAUGUAGCACAAUGCACAGAACAAAGACAGGAUUGUCAUCAUGACCUAGAAGAGGCCCCUCUAAGGAUCGUGUCCUUAGAGGGGACACAGUGUCCUUAGAGGGGACACAGUGUCCUCUCAUAGCGACCAUCAGUGUCAUCGAUAAAGCCGACUAAGUAUUCGGCUUUAUCGUAGCAUUGUUUUGUUGUUUUUUUCCCGCUUUUUUACUAGCCGUUUGUAUAUAUGUUUUAUGUAAUGCAAAAGUAUGUUUCUGUAGCUUUUCUAAUGUCAUGGUCUGCGGCGACACAAAAAAGCUCACAGAAAAAGCACACUGAAGCCAUCCCAGCCCCACUCAGAAAUAACUUUGUGUAAAACAUCUGCUUGUUCAACGGCGGUGGCACAACUCAAAAGCCUUCGGUGACAUUAUUUUUCUCAAACUCUGUUUCUCUUUUUGUUUGUGUUGCUUUAUAUUCGUGCUACUGCCUCGAUGUUGGCCAGGAGGCACUUCAACAGAAGAAGAGAAGGACAUUUUGGCUUCCCACUUUGUGUAAAAAAAGAAUCAAUUGUUUUGUAGUUCUUCCUAAUGUGAUUCAGGGCAGACAAGUUCAUGGAUGUCAAGAUAAGGUUAUAAAAAUUAGGUAUACGGUAAAGAAGUAAUAUAACCCAGGUUUUAACCAUUAGUAUACAUCUUGCGUUAAUUUCACUAUUAAAUGCCAACGGAUACAUGUUAUGAACUAUGUGGACCGAUGCCAAGUUGUUUUUGAUACUGUUUUACAGACAGUUUUAUUUAUUUUAUUUUCAUAUUGAAAUAUGUUAUGGUGGCCUAUGAUUUGUGAAGCAUUAACCUCCGUCAUACUCGAUACUUUAAUAAAUAAUGAAGAUUAAUUACCUUUUAUGUGUAUCGCGUACAGGCUUAUGUCUCCCUUGUCACUAUAACUGAAAAAGUUUUUUGUUCUAUUUAUUACUAGAUCUAUUUAAAUCACAACCUAUUUCUACUAAACAACUAUGGAUACAAGUUCUUUAUUUUUCUUAAUUGGAGACAUUUCGAUUUGAUGCUUAACUAGUUCAACAUGCGUCAAGGCCAAUGUCUGGAUUAUGGCUGGUGUAAGCAGCCUCCUUCAUGAAGCAUGGAUCAAUCCCCUGCAUUCUUGUUCUGGAGGAGUCCAGUAAAAGCCACCUAGCUAGAGGGUGGCAGCUACACCUAGGUGAGGUUUUCUGUUAUAUGACAACCGAGUCCCACACCAAAAUAUAGAAUAGCUACGUUGGUCCACAGUGGAAAACGUAGUUGUUUCACAAUAACGGCUCUAAAAUGGCAGUGCCUAUGAUUUAUGACUUAUUUUCUGUAACGUUCCCCUAUAGGUACAAUAAACAAAUAAAUAAAGCUAACAAGGGGGAAACUACAAGUGAUGAAGGCACAUUGUGUUUUACAUGAACAAAGAGUGAACGUCUUAAAAACAAAAUAUACCAUUGAGUCUACCAGUUGGGUAUCUUGAGCUCAAUAAAUCAACCCAAUCAACGGAUGUAUGGUUUUACUGAACGUCUUAAGGUGUGCUUUAUCAUUCCUCCCCGAAGCAUCCACUGUGGUAAAUGGAGUUCUAUUUCAUGUAGGCUACGCCGUCUAGGCUUCGCCUUAUGGGCUUGUCCCGUGCGCGCGCCUGUGCGCGCUGAAGAUUCAAACUAUGCACCUAUCAGCGUGGGCACCGCCCACAUUUCCCACGGUAUCGUGUCUAUAUAACGCG